AUGUCAUACACUAAAACCGACAAAACUAUUGCUGGAGCCUAUCCACGGUCGUCUCGAUGGUCGACGCUGUUUGAAGCGGACCGACUUAGCGUGGUGUACACUGUGUUCGAGGUUGACAACGCAGGCGAUACUGGUGAGGAGGAGGAGGUACAAAAAGGCCCUUUGGUGAACCUUAUUUUUGACUCUGGAAACUGCUGUAAUCGUGCAAUUUGGUAUUAUCACAUUGAACGUUUGAUUGAAUUGGGCUCGAGCAAAGACUCUGCAUUCAGAAUCAACUCAGCAAUCACUUUUGACAGAGUCAACCAGGGGGACUCUGCGGUGGUGAAUCAGAUGAAACUAGGCCCUGAAUAUGAGUGGAAAGACGGGGCGCGUGAUAUUCUGGAAAUUGUGCGGAGGGAAUCGCAGGAUCGCGCCUCAUGUUUCUGGAAGGCCGGUAACCAAACAGUUGUUGUUGGUCAUUCUAUGGGUGGUUACGAAGCACUUUGUGCUACUUGUAUGUCGCCACAGCUGUUUGUGGGAGCAUGUCUGUUUGAACCGGUUGUUUGGAUUGCCGAGGAUGAUUGGGACGGUUUUUCAUUGAUCAUGGCCAAGGUGUAUGCAAUGCUUCAGACCGAAUUCAAAGACGAGACUUCAUACUCGACUUAUUGGAGAACCAAAUCAUUUCAUCGUUCGUUCCAAGAACGACCUCUUCAGGACUUUUUGGAUACAGACAGACUUGUGGAAGCCGACGGAUCGGUGCGGAACAAGACACUCAAGGACCAUAUGAUGUGCAAUUAUGCCGGUGGGAUUGCAGCAUCUACGUUCUUGGCACCUCUACUCAAAGGAAAUCCCACUCCUUCACUUCAUGUAAUCGGCGCUAAAGCCCGCUGGAACCCUGCACGGACCAACAGCUUUCUGCAAAAUACGAUGCCUGAUUGCGAGGCCAGACUGGUGGAAGGAGCAAUUCACUCGGUUAAUUGUGAUCAGGCUGAUAUCAGCAUAAAUUUAAUUUCUGAAACAAUUGUUUCCAAGGCAAUUCCAGAAAUCCUAGCCAGAAGGGAGAAAGACAAAAUUUCAGCGAACGCAGUUGCAAAAUCCUCGCGUGCGGCUUAUGCCGCCAGACUUGCCUCAGAAGCGGUAGCUGCCCGACUUAAGCAAGUAAAGAAGGCUAAAUCGAAGUUAUGA